CUGCUUCAAAACUUUGACGAGGAAGAGCUCCACGCGCCACAGCGGCCGCCACGCACCGACAUUAGAUCACCUUGUCCGGCUGAAGCAGUAGCAGCGGAGGAGGGCACUCUGGGUCUGGCGGCAUCAAUAAAACAACCAGACGAUGUCGCUGUUACUGAUGUUGAACAUGUUCAUGCCCAUGAAAACAACAAGAAUGUGGAUGAAAUUGAACCCGGAGGUGGUCCUUCGGGAUCGGGUGCGGCUGCGUUCCUCGUUGAGGAAGGCGACAUGGAUUCCUACAAUGAAGGACAACUGGAACGCUUUCCUUCUAUGAGGGACGAUCCUCCUGUUGUAACCACGUUAAAAGAUUGCAGCAGAGAACAAGAGCCACAUCCUCGUCCAGCCGACGAUGCGCAGGGUCUCGAAAAAUGUCUAGGACGGCACGACCACCAAGGGGGAGCA